AUGUCAAGACAUUUUCUUCAAGGAAUAGGAGGCCAUCUGAGCUCUUAUAACCAUGGGUCAGUAGAACGAAGGGAAAGUGGAAAAGACCAGGCUAACAAUAACUCAUCUCAGGAACAGGAGCAACAGGAAAGGCCGUACAACACAAUACAGGUUCAUAAAAGGCAGAAUUUCAGGAAACAAGUGCAAGAACCACCUCAUAACAGUCGUAGUGCACAGAAAAAGAAUAUUUUCGCUCGAGGCAGAUUUGUGUCUUCUGCAGAGCUGGAGGAUGCAUCUUCGUCUUCUUCAUAUGGUACCGAACGCAGCGAGUUUAUACAUGGAAAGAGCCAGCCGGAUUCAAGGAGCCUGGCAGAAAUAUCAGGUGCACGGGUGAACAAUUCUGGAAAUACGGCCGGAAAAGCUUAUGAUGCCGAGCAGACAAAUGCAGACACAUCCCGUUAUUCUGCGGUUAGCACAAACACAACAUCAACAGGAAAGGUGGCGGACGCAAUUAUUAGGAGAAGCACGGAUUCCGCGGAGGACUGUGAUUAUAAAAUAUUCAACACAUCAAGGCCGAUGAGGCUUUCCAAGGUUCGAGCACUAGAGGAGGCAGAAGUCACAUCAAAGUUAUAUUUCAGGCAAAAGCAAGAUGAUCUCUACGAAGAAAGCGAAGUUUCUAACGAGGAGGCUAUGUUCCAGGGGCGAGAACAAAUACCGAAAGUGGCAUAUGUGAAAACAAGACACAAACUGGCUCAUGGCAGUAAAGAACUAACCGUUAGCACAGGACGGCUUUGGAAGCGGAAACGGAAAAGCUGGUUUUCCGGUGGCAGAGAGAGAAAGGAGAUGGCAAAUAAUAAUGCAGACGGGUUAGAUGAAGGAAACGGACAAGAAACAGAAACAAACAUGGAAACAUACGAAAAGCAAUCCCCGGAAGAGAAAGCAGAAGCUGAUAUAUUGGUUCAGUUACCAGAGCUCUCUAAAGCAGAGACAAGACGUCUGAUGCAGCAGGACUGUGUUGACAUGGAUCUUGAAAAUUACUACAUGAAUGAUGAUAUUGAUGAACGAGACUGGCCGUUUCCACAAACAGAGGCCCAGAAAAGGUUGAAUGCGAUGAAAAGAGCACUGAAACCGCUGAACGAGAAGGAGAUGGUGGAGCAAAGACUGAGAAGAUCGAGACUUCCGAAAGUUUUCCAAAAUACAGGCGAGUUUCUUAGCAGGCUGAGCCUGCGAGAGCUGGAGUACUGGGAAAUGAUGAAUGAGCAAUUUGAUGAUGAGAUGGACUCAAUGAUUUCCGGAAAAGAUGGCAUAUCGGGAAAUGGACCUGCUGAUGAUAACCAGGAGAACAGCAUGGAAUCCAGAGAGGCUCGUGUUACGCAAAAAAAAGAGCAGAAACUGGAUUUCAUCGAUGUGCCGUUUGAUGCAUUAUAUGGUCUGCAUAUUGACCAUGACAUGACAUCAGCAGUCACUGCUGAUCUCCGAAGAAGGAUUAAGGAAGACAUUCAAUUUGAUGAUGAGGUUCUUGAUCUGAAAUUGCAGGAUGACUGA